CUCCGGCGGACAACCUUCCACUGGUCCUGUGUUUACUCAGCGAUGGCAUGGCUGUCCCGGUUGCCCAAGCGCCACACUGUUGCAGGCUUUGACCUGGACGAUGAGCCCACUCCAACAGCCUGUGAAGCCAAUGAAGAGAAAGCUUGGGAGGACCGCAAUCACGAUUCGAGGCCACGCCGGCGACUGCGAAACAUGGUCGAGGAGAAGGAAAAUGUUUGGCAUGGAGACCAUGGAGACCAGCCGGAGAGGUCUGGGCCAUCCAAGCGCGUGAGAAGCGAAGCCCACGUCGCCGAGGAAAGCAUCACGUUUGCCACGGAGAGGUCGCUGCCAUCAGAGCCGAGCAGAUGCUUGAAAAGCUUCAUCUCCGAGGACCAUAAUGACCUUUUCUGGGAUGGUGACCACGCAACAGCACAGCCUUCCGCAGAACGCCCGCGGAGACGUUUAAGACGAGCUCCAGACGUGGCCGAGGAACCAUGCAAUGAAGCAGCGAGGCCAUCGUCGCCGGUACUUGUCCCUGAGGAUCCGUUUCUUGAUCUGUCCGAGCCUGCGCUUGUGCCAGCAUCAGCGCGGUCCCGGAGGCUGACGCCAGCCCCGAGGGCCUCACGCACUGCACGGCCGGUGGAGGCCAUUGAGGUCCCAGACAGCCAGCCAUGUCCAGACGACUGGCCGGAAGUCAUUGUGGAGGCUGUCAGGCCUCGUAGGAGGCAAUCCAUGAGCAGUGACCUGGAGAUCGCCCGAAUGUUGCAGCUUGAGGAAGCUGCUGCAUUAUCUCAGUCGUUAGGCGGCACCCUGCCUAGGCGGCUUCUCCAUCCACCCGCGCGGCGCUCGCCGAUGGACCAAGUGUUCUCUGCUGCGAUGGCCCAUGGCGGUGCAUUGGCGGAGGCAGUGGCACAGGCCGCAGAUCGACGGUUUCGUCCUUUGCUACAGGAGACCCUUGGCCGCCGCGAGCCCGCGGGAACUUUGCAGCAGCAGGUUCAGAGCCUGAGUGCACACCGCGACUUCACUGCGGACGACUAUGAUUUGUUGCUGCAGCUGGAUGGCGAAACGUCCUCGCCGCAAGGGGAGGAGGAACUUUGCUACCUUCGCAGCAUGGUCGAUCUUCUACCACUCUCGGUAGUGCGAGCAGGUGCUGUGGCCCAGUGCAUGGUUUGCUUAGACUCUAUGGAGGUGGGUCAGGAAGUUCGAACUCUGCCCUGCAUGCACACCUUCCACCGCGGCUGCAUCGACCGCUGGCUUUGUGAGCCUGGGCGCCGACCACGCUGCCCCAUUGACCAGGCGGGGAACCACGUCCUUUUCUGAGUCUAUUUUUAUUUUGAUUCCUUUCUCUACUCUUUUUUUUGAAUUAUAGGUUCUUACUGUUGUGUAAGCACAGCAUAUAUGGGGAAGAACACAGAGUGUACGAGUCUGCUUGGUGGCAUGUGCAACAGUCUUAAAUGGUCUGAUGUGCGGGCCAUUUUAAUGGCUACAAGCUUCUGAGAUCAUAUUUCUCGAAUGGUUGCUGCUCAGAGCUUUUCUUUAGGCUCCCUUUGUGGCAGCUUUUGUUGUGCCAGUGCUGGACGUGAACGCUUUGACGAAUUCAGUAAAGUCCUUGGCUUCAUUGCAGGGAGGAUCCAUGAACUUGCUUCCCACGGAUGCAGAGUUGGCCGCUUGGUCGUCCUCUAACACUAUCACAUCCGCACGCGCAGCGGGCUGAGUACUGAAAUCUGGCCCCGCGUCAAACACACCUCAGGAGCCACUUUUGAUCCAUGGCCCCAUGGCGGCAGUGCCCUUCCCUUUCAUUGGCAAAGACGGGCAUCCAAAGCAGGUGGCCACCAAAGAAGCGGUCAAGCACUGCAACAUACCGGGAGUGCCUGACCAGCUCGUGGUGUAGCAGUAGCGCAGUGAAAGGGUACAUCGAAGACACCAGUCAGGUCUCACGAGUGGCAAGCGGACGAAGCCCUAAGUGCCACUCCACUCAAGAUCGUUUGCGGAGUACGGGGGUGCGAUCUCAGUGUGGAUAAGAUCACAGCUGGUGAACACUCUCAAGCUCCCGGACAAAAUCCUGCCAUGAAGUUUGGUUGGGCUUGGGUCAGCUUGUCGGACGCGCUUCACCACCAUUCUGUUCAAAUCUGGGAAGCCCAAUGCAAGAUGCAGAGUCGGACUGCCAUGUUGCUGUAAAGGCUCAAAGGUAUGUUGUGGGGCAUGGCGUGAAGCGUGGGGUAUGUGUAAGCAUGGAACUUGCGAAAACACAUAGUGUAACAGGCAGCCUGCCUGGUAUAGUGGUGGCCUGUGCAACAGUCUUGAAAACAAUUUUGGCUACAAACUUGUGACUUUUUCUCGAGCCAGCCAGACUAUCCUGCUUUCAGGAGGGGUGUCGGAGGUAGCUAUAUAGAGGGGAAAAAGACUUGGCAGAUAAGCUACUGUGUAUUAAGGAGGUCUUGAGUUCUUCAAGAGCUAUUUGCCAUGCCAGCCCUCGUUGAAAAACCUGUUGCAUGGUCGCAGACUUUUGAUCUGUGGAAGAAUAGAUGUAAUUGAUAUGCGCCUUACAAAUGCUAAGAUGACCGCCACUCAACCCCUUGCACAUCACUUUGCGCUGUCAGAAUAUGUUUGCAAUUUCGCCCCAAGGCUGAAGUUCAACUUGGCUAAAUUGGGUGAAGCUUCUGACUGGUUGGAAGUGCUACUUCGCAUGGACCGAAGAAUUGAGUGCAA